GUCACGGGUUGACGUCGUGUUGAUUUUGAGCGGAGAAAUAAUAUAUUUAUUAACUGACGUAAGGGCGCUAAAUCUAAAAUAAACCGUGAAUAAAAUGUGAAAAUUCAUAAAUAAUCUGAUGAAGCAGCUGCACGCAUGAAAGGUGCGAUAAUAUUUGACCUUACACAAUAAAUCGUUCCGCAGCGUUAAAUGUUAAAUUGAGAGAAAUAGUGGCUAACGCUGCCGCCGGGCGGGUUAGCCUUAGCACGGAGCUAAUCUUUACACCUGAUAUGACUCUGCAAGUACAUGUCUGUUAGAAACUGUGUUUUAGUGUUUUUAUGUUGUUACACUUUGUGGUGCAGUAAGUUUAAGAUUAAGACUUGAAUGAAUAAGUGUGAUAAUAGCAGCUGACUGGGUCAGUUAGCGCCACUUAGCUAGCGGAAGGUUACUGACUCAAUAACGUCCAGCCUCUAUGUUAGCCUGCUGUGUUAGCCUCCAUGGGGACACUGACUGUGGGGUGUUUAACAACGAGACUGUCUCUGUCUUAGACUCAUAUUUGUUCGUGAUUAUUGCAGGAUUAUGGCGCCCCGCUUACAGCUGGAGAAAGCGGCUUGGCGUUGGGUGGAAACAGUGAAACCAGAAGAAAUCAGACAGGAGCAUAUUGAGCUAGCAUACAGAGUCCACCUUCCGGCCUGCAAGAGAGGAGCCUGCAGGUACAGUUUUCAGGACACCACACCUGGGUCUUUCUUUUUUUUCUCUUUCAAAGGUAUUGACAGCAAAUGUGGGUAUGAUCUUAGUCGUAGCAGGUAGCGUGUCUUGUGCUCAGCCAUACAGAGAGACUUAUGUGCUGUUUUAUCUGCUGUUGUUCAGGUUGUGACAGUGUGCAGGACCACUCUGGAGGUUUUUUUGUUUAAUCAAUAAGGGUUUUGAUAGACACUAAAACAGAAAGAGACUGACUCUUAUGAAAAGGCUUGCGCAGUUUGCACAUUAGAAAUGUUACUGAGCUGCACCCACAUGUAAAACGCAAAUUUCUUGGUUGGAUAACUCUGAAUUAAAAGCUACUGAGAAAAAUGUCAUAUUCUGAUGUGCAGUCUUGCAGCUUUGCUCAGGUGCAGUUAUUCAGUCAACUUCAGGUUAAACAUGAAUAACAAAUAGAGCUGGAAAGUGACUCUUUUCUACUUAGGUUAAGCCACAGGUGUCAAACUCAAGGCCGGGGCCGUGGAACAAUUAUAUCUGGCCCACAAGAUCAUAUCAUAUUUGUAUUAUUAUUGGCCCACCAGUAUGAAGUCUGCAGAUUUCCUCCAGUAUAAUAAUGCUAUUUCUUUUUGCUUGAGUUGACUGGUAGUUUUACUUCUACCUUAAUAACAAGUAAUUUAAGUAUCUGUACUAUUUCUUGAGUGUAUUUUAGUUCCUUUUUCACCACUGAUAAAAGCACUAAAAGAAAUUUUAUACAUGGAAAAAGUUCCUGUGCAGCUCUAUCAAGGUGGGGAUAUUCAGUUAACUUCAUGCUCGAUAUGUAUCUUAUGAGCAGUUAAUAAGCAGAAGUCACUGGCAUUACAUCUACAAACCCCAAGUUCAUAAAGAAUGGGAUGUUGAGUUUAAUGUUUAUCAAAACAGAUCUGGUGGCUUGUGAGUAAUUUUAAUCCUUUUUCAAAUGAAAGCACUGCAAAGACAACUAACAACACUAGUUAUUGGAAAAAAAAAUACUAAGUACAAAAAGUUCUUGAAAUCCUCAAACCAACGACUGUGCUUUGCUUUUGCAGAAGAAACUGCAAAGGGAAUCCCAAUUGUCUUGUGGGUAUUGGUGAGCAGGCAUGGCUUGGGGAGAUUGAUGAAAAUGCUUUCCACAACAUCGAUGACCCAAACUCAGAGCGCCGGGACAAGGUUUGUCAAAUAUGUUUGUCUACCUUUUUCUCUGAAGUUCAAACAUCUGUUGAAAAAUGAUCACUUGACCAGAAAUGGGGAAUAAUCUCAAUGUCUUUGUGCCUCGGCUCUUUUCCAGAACACAUUUGUUGGUCUGACCAACUUAGGUGCGACAUGUUAUGUCAACACAUUUCUGCAAGUGUGGUUCCACAACCUGGAGCUGCGGAGGAGCCUCUAUCAGUGCCACAAUUCCCGAGCCCAGGAACACAAUUCUGAAUCUGGUAUGAAAAACAUCUCAAAAUAUAGAGUGCCCUGAUUUAUUUUUCAAUCCCUGGUUGGAGUAAGUGUCCUUUAGAAGUAUUUGCACUGUUAUACAUGCAUUUACCACCAGCUACAGUUAUUAUCUAGGGCUGCAGCUAUCGAAUAAUUUAGUAAUCGAGUAUUCUACAGAAUAUUCCAUCGAGUAAUUGGAUAAAACAUAAUUUUUCUUAGUUUAACUUUCUGUAAGGAACUUUCAACUAGAUUUAACAAAAAAUCUCUUGUUUCUACUGAUGUCUCCCUGUUUUAGGGAUGAUGCUUGUAAGCCCAGGUUUAACAGAAUAAAAUUCCUAAGCAAAGAGAUUUUUGCUCAUGUCACUUAAUAUCAGUUCAUUUUAAUUUGAACCACAUUGCAAAAUAAAGAGGUAAUUUGGUUGACUGUGCCUUUGCUCUAAAAUAUUGUUCUCCAAUCUCAGUUAAAACAAGCAGUUGCAGACAGACAGGUAAACCAAGUAGUAAGUAAUUUUAGGCAUCACUCGAUGUUCCCAAACAUCAUUAAUUUUUCAGUGCAUAAAGAUGAGCCGUUUAAACCUAUCCCAAAAUAAGAUCACACAAUUGUUGUUGUUAAGACUUGACAGGAGUGAAGACUUGAGCUUUCAUUACUCUACCGACUUCUAACUUUAUUAUUCUUUAGGGCUUUGUUUUUUAUCUUUAAGAAAGUAUUUCUCCCUCUCUAAUGAAGUUUGUGUCUGUUUCAGAUUACGAGCCUCAGUCCAUCUGUGAGCAUUUGCAGUAUCUGUUUGCACUCCUGCAGAACAGCAACAGAAAGUACAUCGACCCUUCAGGGCUGGUCAAAGCGCUGGGCCUGGACACAGGACAGCAGCAGGUGAAACACAAUAUGAAGCCUUGAAAAUAUCAGUUCCCUAACAGUGCCUUUUUUUUUUUUUUGAAGUGGUCAAAAUGACACCAAAAGUGAGGUUUUCAAAUGAAACUGUCACCUACUGCAAGUGACUAUUUGACUGUUUGUAUUUCAGAUAGCACAACAGCAACAACACUGAGUCAGCAUCAUUUUUGUGGUCCGUUUAUUUUCAUUACAGUUCAAUGAAUUCUAACAUUUUGUUUUCAGGAUGCCCAAGAGUUUUCAAAGCUUUUCAUGUCUCUACUGGAGGACACGCUGUGUCAGCAGAAGAGCUCCAGUCUGCAGAAUGUCAUCCAGCAGCAGUUCUGUGGACAGUUCUCCUACGUCACUGUGUAAGUCCAGGCAGCCCUGCUGAAACCUCAUCAAAGUUGAACCUUUCAGUCCCUCUCAAACAGAUUGCUCAUCAGUCAGAUGGCUGUUCUAGCACACAGUCACAUUGGGGGGGAUAGGUACAUUAUUUCCUGGUUUAGCUCUUGGCAUCUCAAGGUUUACAUAAGUUCUUCAUCGUCCUUGGAGUGACGGCCCAGGUUUGUACACUUUUCUUACCUGUGAGCAAAAAGAAUCAUUUCCUUUCUGCUGAUCAGUUUUGGACCAAAUUAUUGAUUGUACAGUUAAAUUCUGCGUAAUAAUACAAGUGAUAUAAGCUACAUCAGCAUCCCUCCCAUUUUGUUUUGGCCUUUCUAUCCUCCUUUGACAAUGGGAAGUCCCUCUUUUACAUUCACGUCCAGCUGCUGCUGUAACAAAGCUCCUCUUUUCCUUUCCUGCUGUGUCUUUACCUUGAACCCUGCAACACUGUCCCAUUGCUGUUCUAGUUCAUAUUGGUGCUUGUUCAAAUCCUACUUGGAUGUAAACAAGCACAGAUGACAUCUCAGAUCACAGCACAGGUUUUCAGUGUUUUAAUUUUAGGAAACAAAGAUAAAGUUGAAUGUUGGCUGCAUCUGGUUGAACUGGCAUGUAAUCACUUUACUUAAAGGGAUAUUUUGGCGUAAAAUUAAGUUGGGGUCAAACACACCAUAACACUGAGUUAGACACCCCCUCCAGAGAUGAAUGUUGCCGACUGCCUGCUUCUCUAGUUACACCAACCGGUGUGACGGUGUCAACCUGCAAGCUGGACCAAUUUGUGGUGCUGGCUUUGCUAAUCUGAGGCACACCGACUGUGGAAACUUAUUUGACAUGAUUAGCUUCCAGACUCUGUGGUCCUGUGUUUGGGCGGUGUUGUGUUGUUUUGUGCUUGUUUUUGAAUCCUAGACCAAAACUUUUAAGAGCAUUGAAAUUUCAGUUCAAACUGUUGGAUAAUUAGUUGCUUCAGAACAUCACGACCCUCACAUGUGUGAACUCAGAAGCAUGUACACAGAGCACUGUUGCACCCUUCACAGUAGGGAUGGGCGAUAUAGGCAAAAAAAUUUAUCACAAUAAGGUUUGCCAUUCUGGCAAUAAUGAUAAAAGUCCCAAUGUCAAAUAUUAUAAUUCCAGUCUUUAUUUUUGACUCAUUUUGUCUUGAGUACACCAGUUGGAAUAGUCAAAUAAGAUACUUCAUCACAAGUUUGAGUGGUAGGUUAUGGAGAAAACUAGUGAUAUCAGACAAGUCUCAAAUGUGAAAACAUUUUCAACAUUUAUUGAAAACUCUUAUUGCACAGAGUGAACAGCAGCAGAUCCUCCGUCCAAUGUCAGGCAUACCUGAUUUCACUCAUCUUAACCCCAAUCUUGAAUCCCUCAUGUUGAGCCUUGUUCAGUAACGAGCUGCUCAGAAACAUCUUCUUCAUUACCUUCAGCCAUGUUUGUUUGUUAUUCUGAUCUGUGUGGGCGGUGGCUGCGAGUCCAUCGCUUGUUCUUACGUCAUCAUUUUGUAUUUAUCACAAGAUGGCGAAUAUUUAUCAUGGAGGAUUUUUCUGACGAUAUAUCGUGAAUGAUAAUUUAUCGCCCAUCCCUACAUCACAGUCAUCUUUUACAUGAACAAAAAUGAUUUAUUUUUUUUCUGUCACUACCUUUGGUGUUUGUUCAGCAGAAGAAAGACAUCUUAACACCAUAACAUUGUAGAUGAAGUGUAACAGAGGCAUAACAGCCCCACCUGGUGAUGUAGAAAGGCAUCUUAUUGUAGUACUUCAGACUCUUGGUAAAAAGCUGUCAGGUACUGAAGGCCAAGUUUUGUACAUGAAAAAAAGUGCAUAGAAAAUACUUUUUUUUGUCAAGGGCAAAACUUUGAAAGUGUAGAAGAAUUUGUACAAAUACAUGAUUGGCAAUUUGUAACAAAGACUUUCUUGUCUUUCUGAUUUCAUCCCUUACAGUUUUGUCUAAAUGAUGUCUAGGACACUGAUGAUUUAUGGGACAACAGGCUGGCUUUGUGUAAAAACUUUCCUCUUUUCAACCCCAUGAUGUCUUGGCAACUUUACAGAAAUACAGAGUUCAGGUGAAGGUGAGGUGUCAGGUGUUGACGCACAACCAGGACCAGUAAAUCAGUCUGUCUUUCAGUUUUAGACAGAAAAUAAGUCACUGAUUUGCUGGGAAAGAGCUUUAACUUUUGGACGUGUUCCGAGUUUCUAUUUUAGCGAUCAGAUUUCUGAAGUCCAAUAAGAUGAAUUAUAGAAGAAGGUAAAGGGAAGUUGUCUUGUUGCUCAAAGAGAUACGCUAUAUUUGUCCUCUUGGGGACAUGUUUGAAAACGCCUCGCCGUCUGGUAAAAAAAAAAAUCUGAUGUGGUGCCAGUCAGGGGUUAGUUGAGGGUUUACAGCCUCUCACUUAUAUUUUUCUUGGAGCAGUUGGCCUUUUUGGUGUCAAGUUAAUAGUGUGAGAAAGAUCUCUGGUAUUUUAACGAGGCUUGAUCCAGGGAAAGCAAAGGUUACUGCGUCUCUUUAUUGGAGUUUUCACUUUGACCCAGACUACAGUUCAGACAACUGUCAUAACAAACACAAUUCUGAUAUGUUUAUUGUUAUUUUGCAAUGUUUUUAGAGAGAUACCAGAUUUAGUUUCAUCAAACUGCAUCAUAAAGAAGAAAGCUUUAUCAGAAUAUCUGUUUUGGGCGUCAUUUAAAUCAGUUCUUGUUAUUUUUCUUUCCAGCUGUAACCAGUGUGGGCGAUCGUCAGCACUGCUGUCCCGAUUCUAUGAGCUGGAGCUGAACAUCCAGGGCCACAAGAACCUCAACGAGUGUGUCACAGAGUUUCUAAAGGUACCUUUCACAUUGAAACACAUCAUCCCGACCUCUAACAAACACAAAACCCUGUGCUCGUCCAUAGAAGCAACUAGCACAAGUCCCACAGUGAGUGAAUCUCCCCUGUGUUGAUUCAGGGUGGCUCAGUACCAAAGUGUGCUGUAUUGUUGCACAGGUCUGUUUAUCUUUAAACAGGUCAAUGUUGAUGUUAUAAAUAAAUAUAUAUAAUAAAUAUAAAUAAAUAUAUAUCUUGAAAACACAUCAUGAAGCGAAUUUGUUGAAGUGUGUUUUUUUACAACAGUUGCCUUUUCUUUUCCAUCACUCAGGACGAGAAGCUGGACGGGGAGAACCGCUACUUCUGUGAGAGCUGUCAGAGUAAACAGAGCGCCACCCGCAGGAUCAAACUGCACAGUCUGCCUCCAACACUCAACCUGCAGCUCAUGCGCUUUGUCUUCGACAGGUGAGCGUUCACUGUGUAAAAAGUACAAAAUAGACUCUAAAGGUCCUUACACACCAGGCGCGAAUUCGCCAGAUGAAUUAUUCGCCUUUAUUCGCCUUUUUUUAAAACAGCAUAAAGUCAUUGCAGGCUUCCACACCGGCGGCGAAAAGCAUCUUUUAUUUUUUCGCUCUUGUGUGGAAUUUUUCGGAGAUUCGCAGGCGAAUAUCUGGACCUGCUAGACCUCUGGCCAAUCACAAGUCAUGUUGUUGAUGAAGUCACAGACCCAUGCAGCUGCAGUUCACACGACACACACCACCACUGGGAGAUGGGAGAGAGGCUGGUAAUUGCAGUACAGGACCACCCCGUGUUGUGGGACAAGUACAAAGUUUUUUUGCCAAAAGCAUCACAACGAGCUCAUCAUCGCUUGAGGAUGUUGUUGACUCCAUUUCUUUGUUCUCCUCUCCUCCGUUGUGUGAAAGAACUCGCGCCAAAGACAAUAUAUAUUUAUUAAUUUUCUUUGCAAAAUUUAUACGCAUAUUCGCUUCGCGCCUGGUUUGUAUAGGCGAAAGCGAUUUUUUGGACCGGCGAAUAUUUUUCGCUUCGCUCCGCAAAUUCGCUGGUGUGUAAGGACCUUAAUACCUUGGAACUGAAAUGGGCUUUCCCCUUUGACAGCUGUUUAAAGUAUCUCACACUGCAAAACCCAUUAAAAACAGCAUUUUAUUGACUUUAGAUCAAGUACCUUAUUAAUCAGGGUUCACAAAGAAUUGCUCUCCUCUGCAGACAAACAGGCCACAAGAAGAAGCUCAACACCUUUAUCAGUUUUCCUGAGCAGCUGGACAUGGGGCCCUUCAUGGAAGGAAAACAAGGUAACUCUUUGAAUCUCAGUGAUACAACCAAAGACACCCUGAUAAAUCACUUAAUGACCAUCAGCUUGUUUAUGUAUUUUUCGAGAAACGUCAUAUUGCAAAUGAACAACAGAUUUUUAUAGUUUCCUCUCAUAACGUUAAAGUCAAGGACAAAAUCUUUUAAAAUUUGGGAGUAAGAGGGAAGUUUUGAGCAGUUUUCAGUAAGGUAGAAAAAAUCAGACAAGAGGUGAGUCUUCUGUCAGAACAGGUGAACAGGUUGCUCAAAGCAGCAGACAUUGAACCAUUUGUCUUUGUUUUUUUUUUCCAGACCAGAAGUUUGUCUACGAGCUGAGUGCAGUGCUGAUCCACCGGGGCAUCAGUGCUUACUCGGGCCACUACAUCGCACAUGUGAAGGACGCACGCACAGGUGAUUGGUACAAGUUCAAUGACGAGGAAAUUGAGAAGAUGGAGGGCAAGAAGCUGCAGCUCGGCAUCGAGGAGGACAUCGGUGAGUAGGGCCAGUGGACAUUGGACAGUACCGACGCAUGAAUAAUUUUGGAAGUGUUAUUGUUACACAGAGUUGUUUUUGAGUGGGAUAAUAGUGUUAACUGUUAAAAAAAACACAUUACUGUGAAUGAAAUCAAGCGUUUAUUCAUCCAAACCUUCUGAGGUUCUCAUACAUGAAUGUUUCGAGUUCACUGCUCUUUACUGUGCCUUUUGUAUGCUCUGAUUAUUGCCGAGACAGUCAAAACUCAAGCUCGGAAGCCAAAGUGCAGUAAAGGCUACCACUGCUCCAGAAAUGCCUAUAUGCUGGUUUAUAAAGUCCAAGAGGAGGAGAGCUCAGAUCCCCCGAUGACUAAUGUUGAAGUUCCAGGUGAGAACCACAGUUUUAACCCAUUGUUCAUUUUCCACGGGUGUGUGCAUCGUGUCAUUCUUCCCCUAAUGUAAACAGAUGAUAAAUCCACAGGUUUUCAAUUCCUCUCUCUUCACUUGAAUGAAGUUAGACCCAUCAUACAGCCUUCAGUUUAGGUUAUGUUGCCUUGUCUACUGGUUCACUUUACCUCUGUCCUUCCUCGCAGCCUUCCUUCAGAGGUUGGUGGACCAAGACAACCAUAAAUUUGAGGAGUGGUGCAGUGAGAUGGCUGACAUGAGAAAACAGAGCGUGGACAAGGGCAAAGCCAAACAUGAGGAGGUGAAGGAGCUCUAUGAGCUUUUACCUGCAAGAGAAGGUUUGUAAACACACCCCCUAAUCACCACAACCCAAUUACAAACAAAGAAAAUUUAGAUUAUGUUUCAGAUUAUGGAUUAUAUUUGUUUACUUGAGGUUUAUGAGGUUUAUAUAUUUUGUUUUCAUAGAACAAGUCGGUCUUUUCUUAAUCUCAGUCAAAGGCUCUGAUUAUCUCUGAUGAUUUGUUUACUCUACCUUUGUUCUUUUAGGUGAGCCUUAUGAGUUCGUCCCCCUUGACUGGUUGAAGAGGUGGCUGGACGACUCCACUGCCACAAAAGAAAUCGACAACACCCUCUUCUUGUGUUCUCACGGCAAGCUGCACCCAGACAAGGUGGGAGACUCCAAGAGGGUUUCCCUCAAAGCUGCUCAGCUCCUCUACGGGCGCUACGGUGGAGGGCCAAGACUGGACGGUGAGUCAUACAAAGACUAAGACCUCUUCUAAGGUCAUUCUGCAAAUAUCAAAUAGUUCAACCAUCCUGGAUUUUGAUGGCUACACAUAUUCUGGACUGAAAUGCAACAAGAAGUAAAAAAAGUGGUGGAAAAGACUUGUAAUCUGACCAAAUGUCACUUUUGUGUGUUUGUUCAGACUCGUCUCUGUGCACAGAGUGUGUUAGCCAGCGGUGCAGAGAGCUACGGCUGAAGAACCAGCUCAACGAAGACUUCAAGGAAGUCUCUAAUCUGGUCAAACGAACACUUAGGUAAACAGAUUCAGGUUUACGCUUGGGGAUAACACCAUGUUUAGACAUAUUUCUGUUUCAAACUCAAGAUACGAUGCCAAGGUCAAAGCCAAGAACAGUCAUUUGACUCUCAUUACCACAACUGAACAGCCAACUGAAUAUUGUGUUGGAUAAAAAGAGGUUAGUACAGGAGUUGGUUCUUACUCUCUUUGUUGUGUGCUUUUUUCAUGUGUUCAUCAAAGUGAUGAGGGGUACUGGGUGGGUAAAGCGUCUCUGCGCAGCUGGAGGCAGUUGGCUUUGGAUCAGCUGGAGGAGGACGACGAGGAAACCAAACACAGUAACGGACAGACAAACGGACAGGGACUACUCACCAACAGCAGUAAAGGUAGGAGGGAUGGAUGUGUCAUUUUCUCCUCUGUCUGUGAAGGUGGUCUUUUAUAGUUUGAAUACAGCUGAUUAUAUAAUCAGAGUUGAAGUUUGGCUGUUUCCUCUCAAUCUCACGAAAUCAAAUGAAAAAUGUGUCCUGGUCCUUUUUUUCCUACCGGAGUAUUUGGCUGAUGAUAUUUUUAUCUGCCGCAUGUGAAACCGUCCAAAAUCCAGCAGGUACCAGCAAACAAAAACUCUUCAUCACACACACAGCAGGUGGAACCCAAAAUGUACAAAUCCAACAGAGCAGGCGUAUUUUAAUUUAAUAACAGUGAGUAUUAUCUGUGUCAUGGCUCUGUGGUUGGAUUCAAGCUGGACUCAGUGGAGGAUGUGGUGGAUAGAUCUACACUGAGGAACUACACUUUACAACACUUUGAUGGGCCAAAGGGCCGAUGGUGGUGGGCGGCUCCUCUCUCUAGACUUUAUAACUCUUGUGUAAAUAGAUGACUUUAGAGACAUGACAAAUGAGACGACAGACAAUUGAAUUUCCCUCCGAGGAUCAAUCAAUUUCUUCUUAUUCUUAAUAUCAGCCCUCCUUUCAGCACAAUACAUCAAUUUUAUUUCUACCAUUUAAGACACCUCAGAUCUUCUGAUGGAUCUACAGCCAAGAGGGCUCAUCUUCUGGGCCUCUAAUAGUUGCUUCUGCUCCAUUGACGUUUAUUAAACACUUUUUUAUUGAAAACUGUUUGAUUGUAGAGUUCAGCCAAGAGCUCUCAGAGGGAAACGAGGAAGAAAUGAAGACUUUCAAUGAAGACAUCGUCUGCAGUCACGGUACUGUCUUCUAUAUUAACCUCAGCUGCUUUGAACAGAAACCCUGAUCAGUUUUCAACUUUUUUUUUAUUACCAACUUACUCAAUGUUUAAUCUUUUUUUGCUGUGCUGUAUUUUGGCUCACAAUUGUGUUUAUCCUCCAGGUGGUCUGAGUAUUCUGGAGACUGAGCGUAAGCUGGUGUCAUCUGAAGUGUGGACUAAACUGAGGGAAUACUUCCCCAAAGCUCCUGAAUUCACCAAGGACCAGGAGUCCUGCCAGCAGUGCUUGGUGAGUCUCUGUGAAGUGUGCCGUUGACACGUCUGCAUCAUCUCUAGAAGCAUUUCAGCAAUGAGACAACUUUUGCUGACUGUGUGUGUUGUCUCCUUUAAUAUUUUACCACUCUCAUGGAAACCUGAAAAUCAACCCACGCGAACAACAUUCAUCAGUUGGUCUAUAUAUGAAAAAUAAGCAAACUUUUCAGGUUGGGGUUUGAAUCAAGCUUGAUUUAUCUGUUCCAGACGUUAGAGCAGGAGGAAAAGGACAACGAGGCGGUCAGUAAGAUGAUGGCCCUGGACCAGAAGAACCAACUGCUCAACCUCUUUCAUGAGAAGAACCGGCCAGUACUCACCCAGUGGCCUCAGGUAGAAACCAAGCAGUCUGAGUCAUCUUCCUUUUUCACAUUUCAAAUGCAAAUAUUGAAAGGCCCAAAAUGAACAGUGUUUUGGUUGAUAUGUUGUCAACGUUAAAGGAAAAGUUACUUGGGAAACAUUGAAAAAUAAAGCAAAUUCAGGUUAGAGGCCCUGUGAGGAGUUAUUGACUGAGCUAGCCUCACUUUAAAACUGAUUUAUCAGUAAGAGACACUAAAACCACACAGUAGAUAUUAAAGUACAAUAGAAAUGAUUGUAAACAGUUAAAUCUCUAAUGUUUUUCUCCUUCAGGGCACAGAUGUACUUUACAUUGUUCCUCUUUUCUUCGUGGACGAGUGGAGGAAGUUCAUUAGGUAUGUUUGCUUCAAAACUAAUAAAUGUACUUAUCUUUAUAUAAUCGGGUUUGUUGAACAGGCUAAACCUACCUUUGCAUGAAUUACCAGAUAUGAGUGUUUAUCUCUGAAUUAGCAUGCACCUCGUUAAGGUGAAAAUAACCAUCAGUAAAAUUUCAGAAUCAAAGUGCAGAAGUUACAAUGAAAUGCACUCGGGUUGAAAAGGAGACAGAUUAAAAAAAAAAAAAAAGAUUGCACUAUGAAAUAAGUCAUUGUUGUUCCGUCUUUGUGUUUUGCAGGAGACCGACCAAAUGCUCCCCAGUGUCUAAUGUAGGAAACACUUUGCUGCUCUGUCCCCACGGAGGCUUCAUGUUCACCUACGACUCUCUUAUCAAUGGAGAUGCACAACAGUGAGUUCUGUUUAGUUUAGUUUGAGUGGUGGCAACAGUUUUUAUUUUAUCCACAAAAAUGCUCUGAUGUUUUUCAGAUCAGCUGUGUUUGUAUUUCAGUGACAUGUAUAAAUAACCUACCAACACUUGUGUACUUAAUCCUAAACCCAAUGAGGCAGCAUGUCUCCUAAUUGUUUUGUUUUUCUUGUUUGAUACUCAUUAGAUAUGUCCAAACAGACUAAUGCAGCUACUGUGUAAUCGACAAAUGCAUUCACAUAACACAAAUCUGGAUCCUAUCAGAUUUUCAGCUUUUGACUUUAAUCACAGAAAGCAUGAAUAAAAUCAGCAAAUAAAGGUGUUUAGGUGACUCUGCUUUAGUCUCAUGUUGUGCUGUUUAUCCUGCACAGUAUAGCUCUGCUUUGGCCCGGUGAGUGGGAAGUGAUUAGCAGGCUCUUCAUCGUGGACCAGCCCAUCUCCAUCCACUGUUACAGCCAGACCACACCCAGCGGCCCCACCACUCAGUACACAACUCAGCCUGGUGAGUAAGCAAAGUUUGUGUCCGUCAAACCUUAAAUGUGCCAUGUUUAAUUUAAACAAAAGUUAUAAAACCUUUUCAACCUUUUUUUGGAACAUUUUUGCGAUUCAGUGCCCCGGCAUUUCUUCUGAGCUUCUUGGUUGUUUCGAUAGUUCUGAUGUUGAUUGAGUUUCAUGUCUGUGUGCUCAGAUCUGUGUUGGGAGUGCAGAGAGAGCUUCCUUUUCCAGCAGCAGAGAGACCUCAGAGAGUACACCCAGGCAACUAUCUACAUUCGCAAAGUCAUUGAAGACAAGAGGGUAUGAAAAACUGGACUUUGUAGGUCAGAAAAAUAUAUUUAUACACAUAGCAGAGCAUGAAAUAGGAAAUUCUGGUUUGUCAUUGUAAACAUAGAGUCUUCUUUAUGCUGUCCUGUAAACAGAUAAUAAAGGAGGCAGGUGCAGAGCUAAACGCCAGCAGCUCUGAGGCUGAGGAAGAGAGGGACGGAGAUCUGAAGAUGGACGGAGAGAGAGACCCUGACUUCAGCCAGGUGAGUCCAGAGAAACUCCUGAAUACUUAACUCUGUACAGACUGCAGGAUCAGUCCUUUGUGUCACUAUCUGGGAUGUUUGUAGAAAAUCAACUAUUUCUUUUUUUCUGGCAUUUCAUCUGUAUUAGCUGCUCCCGGGUAUAAAUUUCAGCCUAGUAAGGGACAAUGAAAACAAUGUGACUUACUGCUUGAAAUAUGUAAUAAUAGUCAAAUUAAUUUCUCUAGUCAGAGGAUGGUUCAAAGCGACUCAAGCUGGGUGAGAGCAGUGCGGCGUCAUCAACAUCUGCUCCAUCGACAAACGUGACCAAACAGGGAGGAAUCAGGAGAAGCACUCGGCACAGGAAACUCAGAGGAGAGAAAGCUCUGAUAGUUUCAGCCAAUCAGACACUGAAAGAGCUGAAAAUACAGGUGAGGAGGACUCCAGAUGGUUGGAUGAUACGGGAUUAUAUAAUGAACAUUAAGAAUCAUCGGUGUAUGAAACAAAAAGUAAAGAGUAGGAUACUGACAUAAAUAACAUCCCCUGUCUUCCUCACCCUGCAGAUUAUGCACGCCUUCUCUGUGGCGCCGUUUGACCAGAAUCUCUCUAUCGAUGGAAAAAGUCUGACAGACGACUCGGCCACACUGGGCAGUCUGGGUGUCAUACCUGAAAGUAUCAUCUGUCUAAAGGUAAGGGUGCUCAGAUAUUCUCAAAGAAAUCUGAUCCUCUUAACUCACUUCAAACCGUCUGAGCUGUAGAGGCAGAAAAACAAAUACUCUCUUUCCUUCUAGGCUGAUGAGCCGAUUGCAGACUAUGCUGCGAUGGAUGAUGUCUAUCAGGGUGAGUGGUUUUACCUCUGUCUCUACUUGAAAUCUCUACUAUAAAUAUAAUGUUAAUACAGUUUGUCUAAUUGUGGGUCACUUCUGCCUCACAGUGAGAAUGCCUGAAGAGGGGUUUAAAGGUGAGCAUCCUUCGACUUCAUUCAUUCUGGAAAGGUUUUUAACUCUGUGACGCCCUUAACUUUUACAUUAAAACUGAAAGAGUCUUUACAAUGACGCUGGAAUUGAAUUUCCCCUCUGGGAUAAAUCAAGUUCUUCUUAUCAUAUGGAUUCACUGAAAAUCAUGUUAUUGGGACUGUAGACUUGUGGAAACAGUCAGUUGGAUUGUGCAUCACCAAAACCGCAGCAGUACAUGUGAACUCAGCUCAGCUCAUCAGCCCAUGGCGCCUGUGCAGCCAAAACAGCCGACCAUUCAGUCCACUUUCUCUAGCGCAGCGCCUUACAACAAAAUGUCAAAGAGACACAAAGACGUCACAGAUGCAGUAGCUUAUUGUAUUGCAAAAGACAUGCUACCAUUAAACACUGUUUAAUUUCAUUUUUUAUUUAUUGUGAUAUAUAUCAUAUCGACUGAUAUGAAAAAAAAAAUAUUGUGAUAAACUUUUUCCCAUAUCGCCCAGCCCUACGUCUUGAUUGACAGUUAAAUUUAGCUUGAAUCAUAAGACAGCUGAAGAGAGAGAAAGGAAAUCUUGGAAAUACAGCGAGCACCUGGUUGAGGCUCUGUGUCAAACCAGCGUCUGCCGAGGCGAGGACUCUAGCUUCUGUACAUGGAGCACAAGCUUCAAUUUGAAUGUUUGUGGGGUUUUGUUUUGGGGAUAUGACACACAGAAAGUCGGGCUAAUGGCUGAUAGUUAAUCAUGUUUUGUAAAUAAGCUCAGUGAGUUUCCUCCACUCCCCCAUUUUAAUUUUACAAUGAUGUUAAUUCUGACUGUUUUUGGUCUAAUUUGCUCUUUCUCCUUCUGCAGGAACGGGGCUUCUGGGGCACUGAGGAAACCUGUUUGUAGCAAUGCUUGAAUUUGACCGAUGACGGAUGGGAAUUUUAAGAAAGCUUGAAUUUGUCAAGUGUCCAUAUAUAAAUAAGUGCUUUAAUUUUUUUAUGUUUUAAGUAGGCUUUCUUUAAUAAAACUGUGACUCUGUUGCAAAGCCGCUGUUUUCUCUCCGUAAGGUGAGCUGGCCUUUGAUAUUUAAACUUCCUAAUCAUUCUGAAGGACUGCGUGGUCGUUGUUCAGCCUGACUCACAGAAACGGGCGUUGGAUCUGUUCAUAACUGAGGAUCGCCUUCAGUUGAGCUACUCGAGAAGUUCCGCUUUGUUUUUCACUCUUUUAAAUUAUGACAGGAGAAAAACUUCAGACACUGCUCUGUCUUUCCAUCACGUGGAAGCUUUUGUCCUCUCUGCACAGAUUUCAGGUUUCUCAUAAGAAUGCACGAGUAACUAUAUUACAGAUAUAACUGCUCUUCAAUGUUAGAACAUUUAUUACCUCUACAGCAAGUCUAUACCCAUAUACUCCCUGUGGCAUUUAGAGAUACAUAGCUACACAGUAUGUAUACAGGCUGAUUCCUGCAGGAGCCUCAACUGUGUAAACCUCGAGAGUCAGAAAUGAGAAACAGUUCGCACACGUUGGUUUGUCCUGUUCUUUUCACUGUUAUUUCUUAUGGACAAUAAAGUUAUUUUCAAAGCAGUCUGAA